GUCGCUGGCAGGACAACGACGCCACCUCGGACGCCUCCCCCACCGAGCAGUGCGUCGCCAGGCUCGCCACAGCGCUGCGGACGGUGACAGAGUCCAUCGGCUCGCUGAAGCUGCCCAACGGCGAGGACAUCGCGAAGCAGCUGACGCACGCGGCCGACACGCUCAACGUCCCCGAGAAGAAUAAGCCGCCCAAAUCCAAGGCAGCGCGCCUCGCGGAGGCGGCGAAGGCGCUCGACUCCGCGACCCGCACCUACAAUUGGGCGUACGAGCAGACGGUGCUGGCCGAAGCGAAGGCGACCAAGGCCCGCGAGGAGUUGCAGGAGUGCGCGGACGCAGUCGUCAACGCCGAGGCCGAGAUCGAGGCCAUCCAGAACGAGGACAAGCAGAAGGCGCCGAAGAGCAUAUUCGAGCAGCUGCUGGACACGGACGCCGACCUGCUUUCGCCCAGCGACGUGCAGAUCGCCGAGGUCGAGGACGAGUUCCACCAGGACGAAGACCUCGACGCCGAGGGCAAGAAGGCCGUGGUCGAGGCCAAGAGACAGGUGCUCGAGCAGCUGCAGCGCAACACCAGGGAGUUCGCCGUCCAGCUGCAGCAGCACCUCCAGGACGCCAAAGCCAAGGCCGAGCAGGAGCGGGCCGAGAUCCAGCAGGCCUACAAGAAGCGGAAGGCGGAGCAGCACACGACGGGACAGGCCGCAGACGAGCCAACCGCCGCUGCUCCACCAACCGCAGGUGCCUCUGGAUCUGCGGCCCAGCACGACAACGACGCCCACGACAGCAAGGUGCCAACCGCUGCGGAGGACUACCUCCGACAGCGGCGGGACGCGGCGGCCUCAGCCGAGGAGACCCACUUGCCCCAGGCCCAGCUCGCGGACACGGAGCACUCGUUGCAGAAGAUGGGCUUCUCCGCAGUGUUCACCGCGGCGCGCGCCAGCACGAACAGCCCCAGUGGAACUUGUGGAGGCACCGGAGUCCCCACCAUGGGCCACCUCAAGGCAACGACACACCGACAUCGGGGAGGACGUACCAGCGUCUCGGACGCCACCACCUACGACGCAGACGACACCCACGCCACCUACCGCAUGUGCGACUGGAUGCCAGUCACCCUGCACUUGCGAGGCUCCCAACUCCUCAUCAUCUCCCUCUGCCUCGACCCGUGUCAUUCCCUCAACUUCGGCGAGGGUUCCAGGAAGCUGGCGCCCCUGGCCGCCUUCCUCGCCGCCGCGCACACGCCGUGGAUCAUCUGCGGCAACUUCAAUCGCUCCUACGCCGACCUGGUGCAGUCAGGCUGGACCACAGCCCCCGGCGCCACCGCCUACGCGGGACUCGUCGACAACCAGCGCACGCGCUACCUCGGCGACGCGAAGCCCUCCAACAUCGACUAC